AUGGAUAUCCACCGAUCCCGCUUCGUGCCUUACCCGCCGUCUGCGAUCAACGCGCUCGCCUUCUCGCACCCGGAACCCGAACAUGGACAGCAGGAUCCUGACUCUCUGAGGCUGGCGAUUGGACGCGCAAAUGGAAACAUUGAGAUAUGGAACCCCGCAAGAGGCUCGUGGCUUCAAGAGAAGGUCUUCUAUGGCGGCAAGGAUCGGAGCGUCGAAGGGCUGGCUUGGACCCAAGAGCCAAAUUCACGCGAUGCGCAUGGCAAGGUGGUGCCCGGACGUCUGCGACUGUUCAGCAUCGGAUACUCAAGCAGUGUCACAGAAUGGGAUCUCACCACGGGUCUUCCAGCGCGGCACUCAGACGGUAACCAUAGUGAAGUCUGGUGCUUUGCUGCACAGCCCAGGAAGAACGCGAGCGGUGCGUGCCAGAAGCUUGUUGCAGGCUGCGCCGACGGUACUAUUGUCCUUCUGUCUACCGACGAUAACGAUCUCACUUUCGAGCGCUUCGUAUCCCGCGCCACAAACAAGAAGGCGCGUGCUCUCAGCAUCGCAUACAAGGAUCAGCACACGGUUCUGGCAGGUUUUGCCGACAGCAUGAUUCGAGUCUUCGAUACGAGGAACGGAAAUGUGAUUCGGAACAUUUCUUUGGGAAGCGGUCCUCACGGUGGACCUAAGGAAAUCCUGGUAUGGAAGGUCAAGUGCCUUUCCAACGGCGAUUUCGUGUCAGGAGACUCUACUGGCGACAUCCGCAUCUACAGCGGCAAGAACUACAGUCAAACGCAGAGGAUAUCUGGGCAUGAAGCCGAUGUGCUCGAUCUCGCUGUGACGCGCGACGGAACCAGCAUCUUCAGUGCAGGCAUGGAUCGCCGUACCUGUUUCUAUACGAGCAAGAAGGGACAAUCCCAAGGACAGAGCGGAAAAUGGCGAAAGGUGUCGCACCAGAGGUACCACGAACACGACGUUAAAGCUAUGACAACAUAUGAGGGCAACAACCUUAGCGUGGUGGUCACAGGAGGUAUUGAUACCCAGCCCAUUGUUGUCCCCAUCCGCACAUUCGGCAAGGAGCUUAGCCGUGGUCUCCCUGCUUUGCCUCCUACUCCGCCCCUAGCAAGCGCCCCAGAGGCCAGAUUGCUGGUGAGCUGGUGGGGCACAGAAGUACGGAUAUGGCGUGUCAAGCCUCAAGAUGACGGUACGGAGAAGCCCAAGGUCGUUGCACGCCUUGCUCUUCAGGGAGAAGAGAACAUCAUAUCGGUGUCCAUCUCCAGAGAUGGUGGUCUUCUUGCCGUUGCGACAGCCAGCACAGUAAAGUUGUUUCAUCUAUUACAUCUGGCUGGAGCUGGACAAGCUUUGCGUGUGCGCAGACUCGAGAUGCCUUCCAUUGCUGGCGCAAAGACUCUCAAGCUGGCCUCAAAUGGUAAAUGGCUAGCAGCUAUCACGGCGACCGACGAAGUUCAGCUGGUCAGAGUGGUACGGACAGAUGACCCGGCAGACCCGCCUCGCGCACUGGAGAAAGUACAGCCUCUCUACCGAGUCGAUCGCGACGUCACUACACAGAGCCCUCUUAGCGGACCCUCGGGAGCUUACGAGCGAUCAAUCACACAUGCCGACUUCUCCGCGGAUGGUAACGUCUUCGCUGUGGUCGAUCUGGCAGGCUACAUUGAUACGUGGGUCGUUGAAGGGCAUGAGGACACAGCUGCACCUGAAAUCGACAUUGACGAUGCUACUCCUGCUGCCAAUGAUGACGAUGGAUCUGACGACGACGAAGAACAAACGAGCGAACAGAUAACAUACCUGGGUCAGCACUGGAUACGAAAUCCAAGUGGUCACUUACUUCCCCAAUUGGAUUCGACGCCUGUUCUGCUCUCUUUCCAGCCCAGCUUAGACGCCUCAAACCAGCCGGAGCCCAAUGGCAACCCUGCUGUACACCCCACAAGAAACAACCCCCACCCCCACUCACACGAGCUACCUACUACGGACUACCGAUUACUGUUGGUCUCUGCGGAACACCAGCUCUACCUCUUCGAUGUCAUGUCCAGUCGCCUGUCAGAAUGGUCAAGACGGAACCCAACAUCCAGCUAUCCCCACGAAUACAAACAGCUCGACCUUCCCGCGAAGGGUUGCAUCUGGGACGUCACGGAAUCCCAACAACGGGUGUGGCUCUAUGGCGAGAAGUGGCUGUUCAUGUUCGACCUCACGAAAGAUUUCUCAAUUUCAGACGCCGAACACGCUGGAAAGAAGCGGAAGCGCGAUGCCCUCAAGAACAACAGCGGUGCUGGUGAUGCAGUACCUCAAAAGGAGGCACCAGUCACCAAGAUGCGCAAGUUCCAAAACGAUGCCGCCGACAACGCUGCGAAGCGAAAAUGGGUUGACGUCCACGCUGUCAAUCGCAAGGCUGAUGCUGAAGACGAUGAUGACAUGGAAGACACCGUUCAGCCUCUCGCCACUCUACGUAGGGCUAACACGCAAGAUGGUGAGCAGACAAACGGAGAGACGGAAGAAGACCAAGUCAACGGAGGCGGAGAAGUUGGACAAGUGGAGCAAAGCAAAAAGAACGAGCCAUGGUGGCACACAUUCAAGUACCGUCCCAUAUUGGGUAUUGUGCCAAUUAGCGCCGAUGACAGUUUCUCUGCACCCGAGGUGGUGCUUGUGGAAAGGCCCAGCUGGGACUUGGAUCUGCCGCCGAGGUUUGUGGGUACACAUGAGCAGUGA